CCAAAUCUUUUAUCAGUUGAUUCGAACAAUCGUUGUUACAUUUAUUAUUCUUAACUGCACAAAUCUGAAAUCCCUUACCACAAUGAAUAAACAAACAAAAUUCAGAUAAAAUACAUAAAUGCAACUACAAAUAUUGAGUGGAGAGUAGUACAUAAUACUCCAAAACUCAUUGAACACCGUCUAAAGCUCAAUCUAUCAUUUCUAUUCGUCGUCUUCUUACUAACUUUGUCUCACUCCACUCUUUUCAAUACAUCCUUUCUUCCUCCUUCUGGAAAUCAUCAAUUCCCAUUUAAAGUAUUCCAUUUUUUUACUAUUUUUUUGUAAUUUUGAUCUUGUUCCAAAGGAAUACAGAGAAAAACUCAGCAAAAUCCAGGCACAUCUCUGUUUCUGCAUAUCCCUUUUUUGUAUUCGAUUCAAACUCUUUCCCGCUCUAUUUCUCAUUUUUAUUUCAUUAAUCUAAAAAAAUACCCAGUAAUCUGAAUUUCCUUCGAGUUUUUAUUUUCUGAUUGGUAUUAAAAUUAAACACAAGUUGCUUAAAUGGUGGUGGAGUGCAUGCAGCCCAUGAAGUGAAAAAAAAGAAAGAAAGAUGAACACUAAAGCGCGCACGUCUCAACAGAUUCGAAAACAUCCUUUGAAUCGUCAAAAUGAGAACAAGGUGGAGAUGCAAGGAACUAAAUUACCAACUGCAAACCAAACCCGCAAACAGAAGAAAUCAGCUUUAUUGCAAGAUGUUGACAGGCUGAAGAAGAGGCUGAAAGAUGAAGAAAACAUACACAGAGCCUUACAAAGAGCCUUUAACAGACCUUUAGGUGCUCUUCCUCGUCUUCCUCCUUAUCUCCCUCCAAAUACACAGGAGCUUCUUGCUGAGAUUGCUGUCCUGGAAGAAGAGGUGGUUCGCCUCGAAGAACAGGUUGUGAGUUACAGACAUAGUUUAUAUGAGGAAGCUGUGUUCAUCUGUUCAAAGAGGAAACUGGAAAGUCCUGUUGAUUACUACGAACGCAUUUUGAGUAGAUGUUCUUCUAAAGAAGAUGAGCAUUCUGAUUCUGAGAUAUCUCCAUUAUCAGUUGCUAGAACUGUGUCAACUUCAUCUGACAUUGUCUCUGAUGAUCGGUCUUCGUUAUCACUAGUCAGAACUACCUCGACUUCUUCUGACAUUGUUUCUGAUCAAACCGCGCAAAAUUCUAGUGAUUUGGUUAAUGGGAAAAGUAACUCAUCAACUGCAGAUUCUCUGGAAAAUCGAACACCUUGUGAUUCUAAAAGAAAUACAAACAUUAAAGCUCGUCAUACUAGGAGAAAUUCUAGUGAUUUGAUGAAUGGGAAACAAGGUUUAUUUGAUCAUGAUUUUUCGUUAGAGUUAGUGAAGAAGGAAAAGGAAGAAGAAGAUGAUAGGAAGUGUUCUAUUUCAUUUAGAAAUGUACAGUCCUCAGAAAGAAAACUUUCCAGGGUUAAGACACCGGUUAAGAAGUCUUCUUUCAAGCGUCAACCAUCUCAGAAGCAGCCAGUAAACAAAGAAUUAGGAGGAGACAGUGAACCAAACAAAAUCUCAGAGGAUAUAUUGAAGUGUUUGUGUAGCAUUUUUAUAAGGAUGGGCACAACAACAACAGCAACAAAUGAUAAAGGGACUCAAUUGGACACAUCGCCUUAUUCUUUAUCAUUUACCUCUCACCAACAGAAAGAUAAGGAGUUUCAGGAUCCUUAUAGAGGUUCUGCAGGAAUCAAACACAGAGAUAUCGGUGUUUACAAGGAUUUCUGCACAGUUGAUGCUCUCUCGUUUGAUCUAAAAAGGAAAAGAAAUGCUCUUUUCUUGCUUCAUAAACUCAAGCUUCUCCUUGGGAAGCUUGCCAGAGUCAGCUUGGACGGCCUUGGACACCAGCAUAAGCUUGCAUUCUGGAUAAAUACGUACAAUUCUUGCUUGAUGAAUGCUUUUCUAGAGCAUGGAAUACCCGAGAGUCCAGAAAAGGUUGUCUUACUAAUGCGUGAGGCAACUAUUACAGUCGGAGGUCAGAGAAUGAAUGCGAUCACAAUCGAGCAUUUUAUUUUAAGAUUGCCAUAUUAUUUGAAACAGGGUGGCAGAAAAGCUGUUAAAGGUGAUGACCUGAAAGCGAGCGAGAUGUUUGGUUUGGAGUGCGUAGAACCAUUGGUUACAUUUGCCUUAUCUUGUGGAAGUUGGUCUUCUCCUGCUGUGAGAGUGUACACAGCGUCUCAAAUAGAAAGCGAGUUGGAAGUAGCAAAGAGAGAGUAUCUGCAGGCAGCAGUUGGAGUAUCGAAGGAUAACAAGCUCGUAAUACCGAAGUUGAUGGAUUGGUAUCAACUCGACUUUGCGAAGGAUUUUGACUCAUUGGUUGAUUGGGUUUGUCUCCAGUUACCCGAUGAGCGUAGGAAAGAAGCGUUCAGCUGCAUUGACAGAAAAGAAAAUGUUACACUUUCAGAUUUAGUAGAAGUGGUUCCAUAUGAUUUCAGUUUCAGGUACAUUAUACAUCAAUAACAACUUUUUUGUUCAAUUUGAGAAUUUCAUGUUGUUCAACAUAACAUGUUUUAGGAAUGUAAUUUAUAAGCACCAAGUACGUACAUAGAUUUUUUCUUUUUUUUAAUAAUUCUUUUUUGUGGAAUAGAUUUUGUGAGGCAGUGAAAGUAGGUACCUCUACCCCUCCACAAUAGAGUCUUCUGUACUUAUUGUUUCAUUUGGAUGUUGGAGUAUGUAAUUAGUUUGUUUUUUCUUUUGCCAUUUUACAAUAUUGUCUGUCAACGAGGGCCGGGGAUCCGGACUUUACGGCACUUUCAGAACCAUCUUCCGAACUGCGAAAAAGUCUUGAAACUGCAAUUAAGGCAAAAAGAACAGGGCCUAACUAGUAUGAGUCCUUUUACGAUUUAUUAUGAAAUACGAGUAAGAUGUUUUCCUACCAAA